UUUUAAUCGCCUCAAAAUUAGAAGAAGAUGAGCUCUACUUUGUAUGCUUCCGGUUUGUUUAAUCAGCUCAAGUCAAUUCUGGGGACCUUUCUAGGCGAUUCGGUGUCCGACGAGGUGGUGCUUGCGAUUGCAAGCACGUCUUUGGCGCUAGUAGUUGGGUUCGCGGUGUUGCUAUGGAGGAAGGCGGCGUCGGAUCGGAGCCAGGAGGUGAAGCCUAUGAUGAUCCCCAAGUCUCUCAUGGCCAGGGAGGAGGACGACGAUGAUGUGGAUUUGGGAUCCGGGAAGAGCAGAGUCUCCAUCUUCUUCGGUACUCAGACUGGAACAGCCGAAGGAUUUGCAAAGGAUGACUAUGCUGCCGAUGAUGACCAAUACGAAGAGAAACUGAAGAAGGAAACUUUGGCAUUCUUUUGUGUUGCUACUUAUGGAGAUGGAGAGCCUACUGACAAUGCUGCCAGAUUUUACAAAUGGUUUACGGAGGGGAAUGAAGGGGAUUUAAGGCUUCAACAACUAAAGUAUGGUGUGUUUGCUCUUGGUAAUCGACAGUACGAACAUUUUAAUAAGAUCGGGAUAGUUCUUGAUGAAGAGCUCUGUAAGAAAGGUGCAAAGCGUCUUAUUGAAGUUGGUCUAGGAGAUGAUGAUCAGAGCAUUGAGGAUGAUUUUAAUGCCUGGAAAGAAUCGCUAUGGCCUGAGCUAGACAAGCUCCUCAGAGACGAGGAUGAUACAAGUGUGGUAACUCCUUAUACAGCUGUUAUUCCUGAAUAUCGGCUGGUGAUUCAUGAUCCUAGUUUUACAACUGAGAAAUCAGUGGACGCGAAUGUUGCUAACGGAAAUGCUGCUAUUGACAUUCAUCAUCCCUGCAGAGUUGAUGUUGCUGUGCAGAGGGAGCUUCACACACCAGAAUCUGACCGGUCUUGUAUUCAUCUCGAGUUCGACAUAUCUGGCACUGGUAUUACGUAUGAAACAGGAGACCAUGUAGGAGUGUAUGCUGAGAAUCAUGCUGAAGUAGUUGAAGAAGCUGGGAAAUUGCUUGGCCACUCUGUAGAUUUAGUAUUUUCCAUACAUGCUGAUAAGGAAGAUGGCUCACCACUGGGGAGCUCGUUGCCGCCUCCCUUCCCUGGGCCAUGCACACUUGGUACUGGUUUGGCAAGAUACGCAGAUCUUUUGAACCCUCCUAGAAAGUCUGCGUUAGUUGCCUUGGCGGCCUAUGCCACUGAACAAAGUGAAGCCGAGAAACUUAAACAACUGACAUCGCCUGAUGGAAAGGACGAAUACUCGCAAUGGAUCGUUGCAAGCCAGAGAAGUCUUUUAGAGGUGAUGGCUGCAUUUCCAUCGGCAAAACCCCCACUGGGAGUGUUUUUUGCUGCAAUAGCUCCUCGUCUACAACCUCGUUACUACUCCAUCUCAUCCUCGCCGAGAAUGGCGCCAAGCAGAGUUCAUGUUACAUGCGCACUAGUAUACGGUCCAACUCCUACUGGUAGAAUCCACAAGGGGUUGUGUUCGACGUGGAUGAAGAAUGCAGUUCCCGCGGAGAAAAGCCGUGAAUGCAGUGGAGCUCCCAUCUUUAUUCGAGCAUCCAAUUUCAAGUUACCAUCCAACCCUUCAACUCCAAUCGUCAUGGUGGGACCUGGGACUGGCCUGGCACCUUUCAGAGGGUUUUUGCAGGAAAGGAUGGCACUAAAAAGACGAAGGGGUAGAACUAGGAUCAUCGCUGCUCUUCUUUGGGAUUUUAUUUACGAGGAUGAACUCAAUAACUUUGUUGAUCAAGGCGUGAUAUCUGAGCUCAUCGUGGCAUUCUCUCGUGAGGGAGCACAGAAGGAGUACGUUCAGCAUAAGAUGAUAGAGAAGGCAGCACAAGUUUGGAGUUUAAUAAAGGAAGAAGGAUAUCUCUACGUGUGCGGCGAUGCCAAGGGUAUGGCGAGAGAUGUCCACCGGACUCUACAUACCAUUGUUCAGGAGCAGGAAGGCGUGAGCUCGUCAAAGGCAGAAGCUAUAGUCAAGAAACUUCAAACUCAAGGAAGAUACCUCAGAGAUGUCUGGUGAUUAAUGAUAUUUAAGAUGUUUAUUUGUUUAUUUUUAUCUCUUCUUCCUCAUUUUCUUGCUUAUUAAUUAUGCUCAAACAUAAUAUCAAUUAUCUCACUCAUAUUAUCAAUGUUUUAUUUUAUUUUCUCUCGAAGUUUAGCAAUAAAUUUGUAACAUGUGUUCAUCAUUGCAAAAAUGUGUUGCAAAUGUAAACGAAAAAACAAAAGUUGCAGAAAUUAUGUUGCAGUAUCAUAAUUAAAAGUUCAAAAAAAAUUCAUAAUUUUCUUUUU